AUGCAGCCCCUAUCCUGGCCACCUCGCCUCGUCCUCCUCGCUCUCGUCGCCAUGGCAGUCACAGCCCAAGAUGACGACGACGUGGAGAAACUCAGAAAAUGCAAGAGCGAAUGCAACCGCCGCUUCAAGGCCCUCGGCAUCAUGGACAACUGCGCCAAGUACGAGUCCGACCAUCAGUGCAUGUGCGAAUCACCAGGCUUCUACGGCCUCUACAUGUGCUGUCUGGAGGAGGUCUGUGCCGAGUACGGUCUCGAGGUGGGCUCGCAAGAGGGCGAUCGGCGACUCGCCGUCCCUUGUGUCGUGGAUUCGACGUCCCGGCAGCUGACGUUGAGCUGUCCCGCGCAGUACUCAAUGACGAGAUUCGAUGACGUCUCUACAAUGUCGAGUUUGAUCGAGACAUUGGCCACAGCCACCACCACCGCCGACACGGCAUCGACUACGCCCGCGUCCACUCUUGCCACACGGACGUCCAUGUCUCUCCCAGUAGACACGCUCGUCCCGAGCGAAACAGGGCAAGAUGGGAAUGAUCAAGGAAAUCCCGACAAAGCCGCCACAAUCGGUCUAGGCGUUGGCCUCGGCGUGGGCGUCUCCAUAUCCCUGGUCGUGGUUGGGUUUGCCAUCUUCUUCCUCCGUCGACACCGAAAGAAGAGCCGAUCCGCAGAAGACGACGAGCCACCUGCUCCCCAAGCCCAACCCUCUGAAGCCGUGCAGGCAGACGCCAUCGUGCGCAGUGCGCCUCACGAGCUGGGGAGCGCGGAGAAGGGUCCGUCAGAGUUGGCUGCUGCUGGUUCGCCAACCGAGCAAAGCAACCACAUUAUAUACGAGUUGCCUGGCGAUUCCCGAACACCAUAUGGUCGAGCGGUAUGA